UAGCAUACUCUCGUUUUAGUCCGGACUUUCUUAAACACGUGCUCUGUAGGGGCCAUUUUUGUUCUUUCUCUCUCUUUGUUCCUUCUUUAAAGAUGCAGAUUUUUGUCAAGACUCUCACUGGGAAGACCAUCACGCUAGAGGUCGAGCCUUCUGAUACCAUAGAAAAUGUAAAGGCCAAGAUCCAGGACAAGGAAGGCAUCCCUCCUGACCAGCAGCGACUCAUCUUUGCUGGUAAACAGUUGGAGGAUGGUCGAACCCUCUCUGAUUAUAACAUCCAGAAAGAGUCCACGCUACAUUUGGUACUUCGUCUAAGAGGAGGAGUCAUUGAGCCUUCGGCUAGGAUCCUUGCUCAGAAGUAUAACUGUGACAAGAUGAUCUGCCGAAAGUGUUAUGCUCGGUUGCCUCUUCGCUCCACAAACUGUCGUAAGAAGAAGUGUGGGCACAGCAGCAACCUCAGGCCCAAGAAGAAGCUCAAAUAAAAUAAUGAUGACACUAGUUGCUUUAUCCUUCCAUUGAUUGUAUGAACAUCAUUUGUUCUUAUUGUUAAUGAGAUUUAUUAAUAAUUUGUUCAAAA